AUGGAGGCUGUCUCUUCCAUCAGACCCGGCUUCUUGGGGGUUCUGCUGGUGGUGGUGAGGCUGUCAGUACUGCCGGUCCAGAACUGGGCCUACCUCUACAAUUUCCUGCUCCUCAAGAUCAUCCUCUUCAACCACUGGCUGUCUGGGUGGCCCAGCAGGCCCACCCCCCACCCCAGGGCUGAUGGCCUGCCCCUGGGCCAGGUGCUGCAGGCUGGGCUGGCGUUGCAGGUGCCCAGGCUGCUGUGGGUGGGCACACUGGGCUGUGCCCAGGCCUUGUGCCAGGCCCCACAGUGGCUAGGUGCCUGGGAGUGUCUGGGCCUGUCUCUGGCCACCUGGAAGGACCUGCUUCUGUCAUGUCUGCACAGCCUGAUACUGCUGGUCUUGCUGUUGCUGCUGAUGAUCUGGAGGCUGUGCUGGAAGGCCCACCACUGUGGCUCUGGCUGGCUGCCCAGCAAGAACCGUGUGGUGCUGGAGCCGCUGGCACAGCUGAAGCAUCUGUACUGGAGGGUGGAGAGCAUGACAGUGCUCAUCUCCUGUCACCUGGCCUAUCUCGUCACCUGGCCCACCUGCCUUGCCUCCCACCUGCUGCAGGCUGCCUUUGAGCCCACGGCCCAGCUGGUCCAGACCCAGGAGGCUGAGCUCCAGAGGCCUCAAGGCCCUUGUCCCAGUUCCCAGAGGCUGGGCCAGUCCUGCCAGAGCACGGAACCCCUGGGGAAUAAAUGUGUCCCCAUCGCCUUUUCUGGUCUGGGAGAGGGAAACACCCAGCACCUCAGCACACACCCCAGCUGCUCAGGCUCACGGAGGGAGUGGCUGAUGAAGCCAUGCAAGCUCAGGCUGCGCUGCACAGAUCUCCUAGACCCCACCUUAAGUGCAGCGCUGAAGCAUGGGAAGGUGGGCCUGGAGGAACUGCCUGGGGAGUGGGUGGAGGGUUGGCUGGAGUCCCUGGGCUCCACAGGCAGACUUGGCAGCGUCGGAGACUCUGGGGCCCAGCCUGGCCUCAGCUAG